AUGGUUGAAUUUGUUGGGAAUGAUAAUGAGGAUGUAAUUGAGGAUGUAAUUGAGGAAGUACACAUUACGGAUGAUGAAGAAGAAAAUGGAGCCGAUGAUGAUAUACUGAGUCCUCCAUUUGUUGGGAUGGUAUUCCAGAGUUGGGAAGAAGUGGAUACGUACUACAAAAGGCGUCGGGUUGAGGGGAAAAGGGUUUACUCAACUAGGGAUGAGCUUGGCACCAAAAGGUCAAAGAAAUGUGAUUGCCCUGUUCUAAUGUAUUGCAACAGGACCAAGGAUGGGGAAUGGGUGGUUAAAAGGGCAGUUAAUGAGCAUAAGAACCAUUGUCCAACACCGAGGAAAUCUAGGUAUGUUCCUAGGUAUCGACAGGAAGACAUCACCUCUCUUGUAAAGAGGAAGUUGUUUAAUGACUACAACUCGGGUGCUAACGUUCCUCAGAUAUUUAACUGUCUAGCUAGCGAGAGGAAUGGAGUUGAGAACGUGACAUUCACCAAAAAAUAUCUUCAAAACAUCAUUGCUAGGGAUAAGGCAGAAAAGAUGAAGGAGGGAGAUUGGAAUGCAAUGUGGAAGUACUUUAAAGCGAUGUCUACUGACAAUGAAAAUUUCUUUCACAAGCAUAGGGUGGGUGAGGAUAACAUAUUAAAGGAUGUGAUGUGGGUAGAUGCUAGGAGUAGAGCUGCUUACGAAGAGUUUGGAGAUGUUGUAGUGUUUGACUCCACCUACUUAACAAACGAGUAUGACUUGCCAUUUUCUAACUUUGUUGGGGUUAAUCACCAUGGUCAAACCAUUCUGCUUGGGUGUGCAUUGUUAUCCCAUGAAGAUUCAGAGACCUUUGAAUGGUUAUUUACCGAGUGGUUGUCAUGUAUGUCUAAUAAAAAACCCAUUGGUUUUCUUACUGACCAAGACGCUGCCAUGAGGAAGGCCCUACGAGAAGUAAUGCCUGAUGUCCGACAUCGAUGGUGCUUGUGGCACAUACUUACCAAGUUCAGUCACAAACUUGGAAAAUACAAUGACUAUGAGCUGUUCAAAGUUGAGCUUCAUAAUGUGAUUUACAACAGCCUUACCAAGAAUGAAUUUGAAGUGCAAUGGACUGAUGUAAUCAAGAAGUAUAAACUGGAGGGUGAGAUUUGGCUUGCAGGAUUAUACCAUGGAAGGGAAAUGUGGGUGCCUGCAUUUAUGAACGGGAUGUUUUGGGCUGGAAUGAAGAGCACUCAAAGAUCCGAAAGCAUAAACAGGUUCUUUGAUGGGUUCGUUGAUAAGCACACACGAUUGUUUGAGUUUGCUCCAUUUUAUAUUAAAGCAGUGGAAUCUAGAGCUAACGAUGAGCAACAGGCUGAUGCAGCUGACCAAAGGGCAGUUCGCCCGUUGGCCACCCAAUUUAGUGUUGAGAGAGCCUUUAGAAAGGUGUACACGGAUGCAAAAUUCCUCGAGGUUCAAGAGUAG